AUGGACGGGCAAGGUAGAGCAGUCGACGAUACCGCUCAGCCAGGAUCACCCACCGAUCAGCUCCACAAUACCAACUUGCCAGUGCCGCCGUCCGCAUCAUCGCUAUCAGUCCGCACCGACUAUGACGACAACAGCACCGGCUACAUUACCGCCUCCUCAAGCCGCCUCUCUCAACUCGACAAUGAGCCACUGACCAACCUGCCACGCAUCCAUCUCCACUCUUCUACACCGGUCAAGCGAUCGUCCAUCGCAGGCAGCUCUUGGUUUGAUUCGAUGGCAACAACAGCAGCCAGCACCAGCAACGACACCAGUCAUGCCAACUUGGCCUCUCUCAGCUCCGUCACUACCUUUGUACCAAGCACUCUGACUGACUCGGACGGUUCUGACCAAGAUGACAAUGCUGAGCGCACAAGUUCGGAUGGUGACACUACAACCCGCAAUCGCACGGAAGAGUCUACUCCUAGCUACGACUUUGACCUUUGUGGUCCCCACGAGCGUACCCUAAAUCAUAUCGGCCAAGAUGAGGAGGAGGAUGCAAGCAUAGAUCAGGACCAAACACUCGCCGUUCGCGAUGCGAUGGAAGGCGAUAUCAUUACCAUCAGCCAUUCACAUUCGACUAGUAUGAACACCUACAACGACUCGAUCCCCCACUCUCGCUCCGCUUCUCAACCCGAUACCUCUCGACAUCACCAAAGACACAACCACUCUUUCUUACCUGCAAGCCUUUCCACAUCAUGGCCAUCCCUCGCUCUGCCACCUUCGGCAAUCAAGCUACACAAGCGCAGACGCAACAUUCUCCUCCGUCUUCUCAAAACAUGGGAGGGCCGAGAACAGGUCCUGCACUUCAGCCACUCGCUGAUCCUCCUCCUUUACUCAAGCUUGCAUCAUCCAGUGCCCCAGACGUAUCGCGGAGCGAUGUUGCGACCAGCCGGUACUGUGUUGGCUCUGUCCUUCCCCAAGCCGGUACGAGUUGCACUGAUGCAGCGCAUCUAUACAACUGCAGAGGGCGUCGACAAUUUCCGACGUGUCAUCCUGAUUGCGAGAUGGGUUACAGCCGCGACAGAGGCUGCUAUGGAGCAUUGGCAGCAGCGACAGGCCAGCAAGAAACGAGCUCUGAAGAUGGGUGAUUCGGUGGCGAGUCGAGAAGAACUAAUAAUCAAGCUUACGGGUGAUGAGCCGUUUGGCAAGCUAUCAGAUCAUGUCGAGCAUGGCUUGCAUUGGCUGCAGCCGCCAAAUCUUGCAACCUUUGAUGCAUCGGAAGAGGGACAGGGUGGUGCCGAGAAGGGGUUCACGGAUGCUCCUGCGGCGAAGCUCGGCAAGAUUACAGGCAGAGGCGACGCAACAGGUGCCAUCGGUGCAAAUGCUGCCGAGGAUGCUGGAUCAGGGUCGACAGAGAAAGACCUCAGUGAGAAGAACAAGACAAAGCAAUCAAGUACGAAAGCUGCACCGACAUUUGCCUCAUCUUAUGUCAUUCGCACCUUGGCCCGACUCUGGACGAGCGUUUGGAAGCCAUCGCAUCUUGAAGCAGCAGCCGAAUCCUUUGCCGUUAUAGGUGAAGCAUGCGAGACAGCAGCGGCCCUAGCUGGUGGUGGCAUGUUUUGGCGUGCGGUUGGCAUUCAGAAACUCGGUAUACCUUUCCUUUCAGGUCGUCGAAGGCAAGGUAUUGAGCGACUCGGCAUUGUUCUGUCCCUGUGCUCAGUGCUGCUCAGCCUGCUCGUGCUUAGGAUUGAGCGCAAAGUACUCAGAUCUGAGCUCACAUCAGCACAUCGACGUAUCAUCCGCGCCAAUGACAAACUCGGCUGGGCAUCCGAUCUAGCCGGCAAGACUAUCAAUCGAGAUCAAGCUCUGUCCAAUCGCAAACGAGAUCCAUCGCGGUCCUCAAGGGGAAGGAUAGCUGGCUCGGAAGCAGCGCCAUUGGAAAUGCUCGGACCGGACUUACAGAAGGCAGCACGCGAUUUGGACGAUCAAGCGUUGCACCUUCAAAGGCAAAGCGCAAGCGAUGAGAGCUCAUCGUUGUCCAGUUCCGAGUCAAGUCUGUCGGACACAUGGACGGUUGUUCCUGAUGCCGACGAUGCACAGACUCACCCCACUGCAUAUCCUCUCGUCCCUGCUAGACAGUAUCACUCUUCCCAAAAUCAGGAGCACGGAGAGGACCCGCCUCGAAGACGUGGUCAUCGCUGGCGAGAUGCUGAUGGAGAGCCAAAAUCGAUCAACGUCGACUCUCUGAUCAAGUCCACUGAGCGAUCGCUGAUCCGUGCCGAGUCAGAUCUACGCAACACUCGCAGACGGAUGCAACUCAAUUUUUGGGAAAAGGUCGCCAACUGGUCUCAAGUCAUCUUCUUGUCUUAUGAAGCAGCUAUGCCACAUGUUGACAAGGAUGCUCUUGAAGGCUCGACAGGAUUAGUGGCAAGUACCAUCAGGCUCAUGGGAUUGUGGAAGGAGCUCAGUUGGAGUUGA